CCAGCCUUUGGGGCAGCACGUGGGAGAUGGUCCCCUCUGUUGGUGGACUGGAAUUGAGAGGGUCAUCCAAAGGUGGCCCCAUGUGAGACAAGGCUGGGGGAGUUCUGGAAUCCUCCCCCUUUGGAAACUGCUUGCGGGUUGACCUGGGCCAGACCUGGAGGCCAGGUCGACGGGAAGGCACAGACUGGCUGUGUCUUGCGCACUUGGUACCUGAGUACUUUCCCAAACGGGCGAUUACCCCUCCAGAAAUGAAGGGGAGCUGGGGAGCUGGGGAGCACGGACAGGCAAAAAGUACAACAUCUCUCCCCUUGAGACUGAUGUUUGUUUGCUUUGCUGCCUUGGCCGAGUGCCAGCCGUCUUAUCCUGCCCAGAGGUUCUGCCCAGAGUGCAAUUUGACCACUUUGUUGCCCUUGCCCUUCCCCUUUCCCCUUUUAACCCUCACAAUCCUGCCGUUCGUUGCGUGUUUGACUGCCGGAAACUCGUGUGUUGGAGUGACCUGCCCAGGCGGCUCGUGAUCCUCCAACCCGACCUGGAUGACACCCACCCAACAAGGGUCACCGCCCACCACAACCGACAGCAGCACUGCGAGUGAGCGCGCCAAAUAACACCAAUAACACUGCCUGCCAGUCACCCCAAACCUGCAGUUCGACUCUUCUUCAAUCGAAACUCGACUUUUGCCUCCCACUCUUGAGUUUCCACCAGCGUCGUGACCGUCUGCUUGCCCUGUCCUUUCCUUUUGGAGGCCCCUGGGCAUUUGACGCUGACCCAUUGAGGCGCGGCAGUCAUCCUCCCUCACCAGAACCGGUUAAUACGAGAGCGACAACAACCCCUCCUCCGCCCUCGUCUGCGGCGCAGCCCAACCGAGACCUCCAAAGUCCCUUUUGCGACAAACGAGCACCAAGACCUUCGACCGGUACCGCAGAGAUACAUACCUUCAUUUAUUACCUGGCCAAGAGAACUGGCACCCGGGACUUGAAGUCGAGAUCGCCCGGCAGGGCAUAAACCGUAAUAAUAAGGUUGCUGCCACAAUAAGCGGGCACAACCCGAGUCAGAGUCGCCCACGAUGAGCUCAUCGGCGAGGAGCUCCCUCCCGUCUUACACGCGCGCAGCCCGCCCCAACCAGCAGCAGCAACACCAGCAGCAGCAGCAGGCAAAGAGGUACUACUCGGGUCCGAAUCUGGCACCGGCACAGGCACCAUCACCAGCACAAGCCCUAGCCCCAGCCCCAGCCCCCUCGCCUUAUUAUGCUGCGUCGUCGCUGCCAGGAGCAGCCUCGGCUGCAGCGGUUCCUCGUGGGAGACGGGGUGUUUCCGCGACCAUGAUCCCGACUAACAAGUCGUCUCUCGGACCCGGUGUUGCAGGCUCCAUCCAGCCAACCCGCAGUGUUUCCAACGACAUGCCGCAGUUUGCUGCAACCUUUGUUCCCGGAGGUUACGACGAUUAUUCCAUGCCAGAGAUGUACGCUCCGGCGCCCCAGCGGGUCAUGCCCGAGGUUCCUCAAAACAUGCAACAAGACCUCCAGCGCAUGGAACAGCAGGCUGGUCGUCCUCAACAGUCAUACAACGGCGCCGGGCACCACGGCGGCGGCUACGGUCAGGAGCACGAGCCCGACAGCAGCAACUUCCGCCCAUUCGAAGACGAUCCGAACCACGCCCCCUACAGGUCCAUGGCCGCCAACGACAUGCCGAGCUAUACCCCCUUCCCCAAGGUGAAGGGGGACAACAUCCCGCCCAGCGAUGUUGAAAAGGAGGAGAUAUUAUACAACGCGCGCGAGCAUGUCCUGCACUCCAACAACGUCAACAUGCAGCUGUCGUGGGCGAGGGACGCACUCAACUACGUCGAGAUCGCGUCCGAGGACCGCGCCCGCACUGCUGGGAGCAGCGGCCGCCCGGGCACCCCUCAGCAACAACACGAGCUCCGCGUCGACGCCAUGAACAUCAUCAGGUAUCUUUGCGAACAGCAUCACCCCGAGGCCGUGUUCAUGAUGGCCAAGUGGGAUGAGUUCGGAAAGUUCGACGUGAGGGAAGACAAGAGGAAGGCAUUCAUGGGCUACAAGCUUGCAGCCGAGCAGGGGUGGGGCCGCGCCGAGUACAGAAUGGGUAUGCUCUUCGAGAACUCAAACGAGUUCGACAAGGCCAUCACGCACUACUACAACGGCGAGAGGCUGGGCGACUCUGCCGCCAUGUAUCGCCUGGGCAUGAUGUCCCUGCUCGGGCAACAUGGCCAAAGACAGGAUUUCCAGCGCGGUGUCGACCUCAUCAACAGGGCCGCCGACACGGCAGACGAGGAUGCGCCGCAAGGUGCAUACGUCUUCGGAAUGCUCAUCGCCCGCGAUCUCCCCGACAUCACUGUCCCCGAGCACUUGCUCCCCUACAAGGUCGACACCGCCAGGCAGUACAUCGAGAAGGCGGCCUACCUCGGGUUUGCUAAGGCGCAACUAAAGAUGGGCCAAGCUUACGAGCUCUGCCAGCUUGGUUGCGACUUCCAGCCUGCUUACUCCCUGCACUACUAUGGCCUUGCCUCGGUGCAGGGCCAGCCCGAGGCGGCGCUUGGCGUCAGUCGGUGGUUCCUUUUCGGAUACGAAGGCAACUUCGCCAAAAACGAGGCGCUCGCAUUCAAGUACGCGAAACAAGCCGCAGACGCCAAGCUUCCCACCGGCGAGUUCGCCAUGGGCUACUACCACGAAAUCGGAAUCCACAUGCAAAAAGACCUGAACGAAGCACGGCGAUGGUACGAGCUGGCAGCGUCGCAUGGAAACCCUGACGCCGUCGGACGGCUGGACAGCUUGCAGAGGAACAAGAGCUUGUCGAAGAAGGACCACGAGACGACGGCUCUCACCAGGAUCAAGUCUCAGCACGGGUCGAUGAGGGGCCAGCGCCCAGAGCGCCUCCAGAGGCUCAAGGAGCAGCAGCACAUGGCGCCAUUGCCUGAGGGUCCAUCGACGCCAAACGACCCGAGCGGGAGGAGCCCCAGGGUAUCACCCAACCCGUCCCCCAGGCAUGCUCCAGGCCCUGAUGGUCGGCAGCCUGCGUUCGGCUUGAACGUCGACCAUGGCAACCUUGCCAUGAGGCCCAAGUCCGCAGCGCCCUACCCAGAAGACGACACCAAGCCUUACCCUCUCAACGUCAACAGGCCGUCAUCCGCCGCACCAUACCCCGAAGAUGGGUACCAGCCGCCGAUGCGCAACCAGGGUGCUUUUGGAAUCCGUCCAGGAAGCGCCGGAAGAGGAGGUCCGGGACCGAACAACCUGGCGCCCGGUGCUAUCCCACCAGCUGGCAUGCCUCCCGGUGGACGAGGCUACAGGCAACCAAGCCCUGGGCCAGCAGGUGGCUACGGCCGGGGUGGACCGGGCCCGGAUGGGCGGAGACCUGUCGGCGGACCAGCUGGAAAUGCAGCAGGACAACCCCGACCGUACGGACACCAACAAGGCCCGCAGUCUCCACCGAUGAUCCCGCCCGCAGGCUCCAUGCCCGGCGGUCCCGGAUACGCGCCGCAGCAGCAGCAGCAGCAGGGCCGGCACACCAGCGGGCCUCGGCCACCCAUGGCCGGGUACCAACUCCAAGAUAACGGUGGACGGUCGAGCGCGCCACCUCAACAGAACCCCGCCUCAGCACGGCCCCCAACGGCGUCGUCGUCGCAUGGGCCCGGCGCCGCCAGUCCUGCGCCCAGCGUGGCCAGCGCGCCUCCCAAGGCGCCGCGCAAGCCGACGGAUCACCCAGACGGAAAGACCAUGGGCAACGGGCCGGCUACGUUUGAGGAGAUGGGUAUUCCGAAGACGAAGGAUAAGGACGACUGUGUUGUCAUGUAAAAUAGAAAUGGAAAGGAAAGGAAAGGAAAGGAAAGGAAA